GGAGCUUCUGAUCUGUAAUAGCCAUGUCCAGAAUCCCAAUGUCCAAGGGCGAGCUCGAUGCCAUCAAACAAGACUUUGCAUCCUCGCUGCAAGACUUGACCUUCAAUUCAAAGCCGAUUAUUACCAACCUUACUAUCAUCGCUCAAGAAAACCUCGACGCGGCGUCUGCUAUCGUCUUGGCGAUCGAAACCCACCUUGCGCGCUGUUCGCCCUCUCACAAGUUGCCAUGUCUCUACCUCCUCGACUCAAUCUGCAAGAAUGUCGGCCCCCCAUACACGAUGCUCUUCGCCCGAAACCUCUACAAAACUUUCAUGGACGCCUACACCACAAUCGACCAGUCUCAACGCCGAAAACUCGAAGAACUCCUGCAAACAUGGAAACAGCCCGUUCCAAUGAGCCAAUCAACCCAACCCGUCUUCAAAUCCGAAGUCACCAGUAAACUCGAAAACGCACUUCUCAAAGCACGAACGGCGUUGAUGCAGCUACAGCAAGACCAGGCGCGGAAGGCUGCUGCUACACAAGGGUACGGCACCCCACCCGCCCUCCUCGCUCAACGCGCCCAAGCACUCUCGCAACCUCAACCCCUCCCUCGUCCUGCAUCUCUCCCUCCCACCGCCUCCUACAUGUACUCGACGCCAACCCCAGCACUCUCAAUUGACUCCCUCCUCACAACCCUUACCUCACUCCUCACCGCCGCUCGUACACGAUUGAUCCUCAACCCCGCCGACACUACGGCGCAAACUCAGAUCGGUGCAUUGACGCAGUUGGAGGGGAUUUUGAGAACGACGCAGUUACCGCCGGCGCAACUGGAGGCUGUACAGAGGCAGUUGGAGGGGAUGCGGGCUACCACGCCCUCACCGGUGGUUGCUACACCACCGCCGCCGCCAAUGAUGCCGGUGGGCGGGGCGCAGGACCCGGCGGCGUUGUUCGCGAGUUUGCAGAAGAGUGGGUUAUUUGCUGGACUUGGUGGUGGACUUCCCUCUAUCCCGCCCGCUGUACCUGCUCCACCGCCCUCCGCUCCUCCCAUCCUCGGCGGCUUACUACUUCCCGGCUUCCCCAUGCCAGGCAUGCCCCAACCCAUCGGCGGCGUACCACUGCCUCCACCCCCACCAACCCCCUCCUCCGCCUGGCGCAUGAUCGACAUCGACCUCACCUCCUCCUCCCUCUCCAAACCGCGCCCCUACCUCAUCCCACUUCUCUACGGCGCCCUUCCCCUCCAAUGCCGAACAUGUGGCCGUAGGUUUGCGGAUUCGGAGGUGGGGAGGGCGGAGAGGGAUAAACAUCUCGAUUGGCAUUUUGGGGUGAAUAAGAGGGGAAGGGAGGGUGUUGGACGGGGGGUUUCGAGGAGUUGGUAUUUGGGGGUUGAGGAGUGGAUUGCUAAUAGGGACGAAGAAGAAUCAUCACCUUCGUCUAAAAACAAUAACACUACUGCUGUUGGUGGAGCGACGGUGGCGGCAGGGAGAGAUCCGAAGCUAGAGUGGGUUCCAACUCCCACCAACCCCUUCGAAGCCGCUCAGCCUUGCCCCAUCUGUAGAGAGAAAUUUGUGUCUGUGUGGCAUGAGGAUGCGGAGGAGUGGGUUUGGCGGCAUGCGGUAAGGGUUAAUGGGAAGGUUUAUCAUGCGACGUGUCAACAUGAAGCUGUCGCGUCCGCUGCUGCUUUGGCGAAUCUCUUCGGGUCAGGUGGAGCGGGAGUGGGAGCGGGAGUUGGGGGUGCGGCUGGAAGAGGUGGGAGUGUUAGUCGAGACGUGACUCCCGCUGUUGGUGGUGGAACGCCAAGGUUUGGGAAUGCGACACUGGUGCCGGUGAAGGAGGAGCCUGCUGCUGAGCAUGUGAAGGUCAAGGUUGAGCCGGGUGUUGGGGUUAAGGUGGAGGAAGAGGACGACGACGAGGAGGAGGAAGACGAUUAUGAUCCGAGUUUGAAUACGUAUACGUAUCCGAGUGUUCCGGAUGUGAAGGUGAAGACUGAGCCGGGGACUGUCAAGAGUGCAGCGGUUGUUGCAGCAGCGCCGGCUGUAGUGCUUGCGGAAUCGGGAGGGGUGCCGGCGCCGACGCAGGAUUUACAGAGUUUGUUGGCGGGGAUUGAUAUGGCUGCUCUUCAGAGCAUCUUGGGAAAAAGGAAGGCGGAGGAUGAGUUGACGAAGCAGUAGGAGCACACAUCUUGGGAGGAGGGGUUGGGUUCGCGGGACUAUAGCAGCAUAGGGGAGGAAAAGGGGAGAGACGUGGUUGGGCAUCCUGACGUGGGAGCAUCUGGAUUUGGGUUCGUUCUUUGAUGGGCAUGGGUCAUAGGCAUAGCAUCGGGCGCGGUGCGUCGUCAUCGUCAUACUAGAGAUACCAUAGAUACACAUAAGCUGCAUAGACUUCAUUUUUCAUUGAGGCCAAGGUGGUGAGGUGUGUCUGUACAGCGAUCUCGGGCGCGAUACGGCUUGAAUGCUCGACGAAAGGGACCAUUGAGGACGAACGCCGGAA